UUGAUUGCUACUUUCAUUCGUGAUUUCGUGUUCGUCACCAUGCACACUCACAACUUUUUGAUACUACCACAUGUGCUCUUGAUAUUUUCAACAGCGGAUGCUUACUUUGGUUACGGUGUGGUUCGUUGCCUGUUUACUUCUAAAGAUGAUGUUGUUUAUCUGGCACAAGUCUACUUGAAUAAGAUGCUUCUGGGUCAGUACAACAGCUCUUUGGGGAAAUAUGUCGGCUACACAGAGAAAACUAAAGAAAUUGCAGAUAAUCUCAACAAAAACAAAGGUUUCCUGGAACAUGAGAAAAAGAACAAAGAGAAGUGCAGAACUAACAUCCCACUCGUGUUGGACAUUCUUUCAAGACCAGUGAAGCCCAGUGUCAGGCUGAGGUUAGUUGAGUCAGCAGACAGCAAACAUCCAGGCUUGUUCAUGUGCAGCGCGUACAACUUUUAUCCCAAACAAAUCAAACUGACGUGGCUGAGGGAUGGAAAGGAGGCAACAUCUAAUGUGACGUCCACUGAUGAACUACCCAACGGAAACUGGCUCUACCAGAUUCACUCCUACAUCGAGAUUUCAUCGAAACCUGGAGAGAAAAUCAGCUGCGUGGUGGAGCAUGCCAGUCUCACAGAGCCCAAGGUUAUUGACUGGGUGCCAAUAACUGAAGCAGGGAAGAAUAAGAUUGCUGUUGGUGCAGCAGGGCUGCUGCUGGGUUUGGUGUUUCCAAUUAUUGGAGUAAUUUUCUACAAGAGGAAGACCACAGGCCUAUCUGACUGAAAUAAUGGAAAAAAUGAGGUUUAAGGUGGAUUAAAUGCCCUGCAACAGGCUGGUGACCUCUCCAGGUACCCUACCUCUCACCCCGUGACACCUGGGCUCCAGCCCCACCACCACUCUGAAGUAGUUAAGCGAUGGAAGGAUGGAGAUUAAAUCAGACUUUUACACUCAGAUUGAAAUGCAUAAAAUUAUUUAUGAUAUAUAUUUUUUUUUUUAAUAAUUUUAAUGACUGAACAUUGUGAAUUUGUGAGUUAAUAAAAGAUGUCCUUACUUUGGCCACUGAAGUUGGUCAGUUAAAAAAUAUUCAGGAAGAAAACAGAUGAAGUUUGUGACUUGUUGUUAUUGUUAUUCAUAAUCUCAUAUGCUGUGGCUUACACUAGUGUUAAACGAGUGAGGUGAAGUUUCAGGGAAAAGUUAACAGUUGUGACUUUUAUGAACCAUCACUAUAAAUUAAAAAAGGCAAGUUGAACUUUUAUAUUUGCAUUCAUAUUAUAUUUAUAUAUUUCAUUAAUUUAUGUAGAUUUCCCUGUGCUGUAAAUGUUCUUGUCAGUGACGUCGCUGUAUUGAAAGUCUGCAACCAUUUUCACUUAGAUGAAAUGAUAGUGACUACAAAUUUAAAUAUUUAUAUAUUUUUCUACAUUCAGUCAUUCUGACAAGUUGUAAAAAUUAUGCCACGUCAUGAUAACACCAGCUGGACAUGUCACCAAACAGGACGAACCCUGUUAGCAUGUGCCAUCUAACGAAUAAAAGCAAAAAUAAUGAGCUCCAGAUUAAAUUUAAGGUAAGCUAUAAAGAAGCGGUGUGUCUGUUAUGAAUGCUGACAUUGAGUUUAUACAGGUUACAAUGAGACGCUGUAAGAACAGCCUUUCUCUAAGCUCAUACUUAUAACUCAUAUACUUCUCUUGCAAACAAAUAUGCUAACUGGCUACUUUUUGAGUCAAAUGUGAGGCUAUCU